UGCCUUUUGACGUAUUUUGCGUAUUGUUGAAGCGUAGAACGGAAAUACAGUCGCUUCAGACCUUGAGUAUAAAAGAGAGUGUCAGUUGUAAGUAAACUCAAAGUAUUAAAACCAUCAACCAUUGUUCAGCACAAGCAAGACAAGAAGAGAGAUAAACUGAAGACAAGAGCCGAUAUAUAUUGAAGGUUUGUGGUUUCUUUAUUGACGCGCACAGAAUUCGAAAGGUCCUGAUUGAAUGUAUGCGCAAUCACCAAGUCUGAGUUAGUUCCAUGUGUAGAGUAUAAAUUAUAACAUACGAUACGAUAAGAAGUAUUUCAGUGAGUGGUCGAUGGUUAUUUGAACUGCAAACUGCAUGUAAAACUGGUCGUUUUUCGUUCCGCGAGAUUGCAGUGAGAACACCUCUAGGCUCCAAUCCGAAAUGAUUACAGCGUUAAACCAGAUGGCAGCCUAGCGCGUUCAAUGAGAAACAGUGUAUUUACCAUUCGAACAUUGAAUAGAUAUAGAAAAUAACCGCGUUCGCAAAUGUUCAAGUGAAAUCACGCAAUUACUAUUCAGUAAUCGGUAUAAUAAUCUUGGACAGAAUAAGUCUGCGCAUGUUGGGUUUUAGCCACCAUAUGGGGGGUAUAAACCAAUUCCCAUGAUCAACGCAUAUUUGAAGCGUUUACUUCAUGUUACAUUUUUAAUUAAACAUUGCAUCUUAUUCAAAAAAUAAAUCCUCGGCCGUAGAGAGAAUUUUGUUUCUAAUAAAAACAUAGCGUAGACAUUGAGCGUAGAUCGGUUGCGACGAGGCGAACGAAAACAUAAUGUCAAUCUUUCAGCAUUACAGACAAUAGAGUUUAUGUUAUUUAUAUCUUAUCACUCAUCAGCGCACUUGACCGGCAGAAGUAUUACUUGCCAAUCAACAAUCCUAGACAACAAUAAAUAAUUAUAAUAGAAAAUAUAUUAAUUUUGUACCUUUUUCUUUCCUUUUCAAUCUUUAUUCAAGUAACUUCACACACUGGAAAAUCUUGAUGGAAUGACUUUUGAUUUUCUAUAUAACAAGAAAUGCACAUUAAUAAAAUACAAAACAAGUGAAACUCCAAAAAUCGAUAACAUUUUUAUUUAUCUCACCAUGAUCUUAAUAUAUAUUAUGUUAAUUUAAACUGUAUUAGGUUGCAAGUGCAAGGUCAUGUAUAAAUAGUUUGGCAAUAAUGGGAACUUCAUAACUAUUGUUUAGCAAAAUCUGGGACUUGUUCCAGUUAUAUUAAUUAAUGAAUGCAAUGUUGAAAACUAUUUCCUAUAACAUUAGCUUGAGAGUCUGACAGAUAUUGACAGGACGGCGACAUGAAAAGUUUAUAUUAUAUUUGCAUUGUUUUAGAUGAAGAAUUAUUUAUUGCCGUUGCUGGUAUGUUUUGUGACAGUUCAAUCAAAAUCUGUUCCUGAACCCCCGUCUGUUCCAAUUGGUCCAUUUGAUAUGACAGGUAUACAACAUUUUAAUUCUCAAUUUCUAGACCAAUGAUACACAGUACCAGACAAUAGGGGUGAAAGUCCCCACCCCCAGCCCACUAUGAAAGACAGGUAUUUACGAAGCUAGUUAACCAAGGCUUGUUCAUUGUCGUUUUGCUCAGUACGUUAUAUCAUUAAAUUUAUGAUUUGACGACUAAAAGUUCCAGCGAGUGCAGCCUAAAUUUGUAACUGAUAUAUGUCUACAAGACAAAACUAUAAAAAAUCCUAGAUAUUUGUGAACUAGAUAAAAAUAACAAUGAUGAUUUUUGUUGAACAGCAAACACCACAAGUCCACAAGGAAAAGAAAAGGGUUACGAGAAAGAGAAAUUAUUUCAAGGCGAUAUUCAAGAUCCAGGGCGUAGAACAGGAGGAAAGAUAGGAGAGGCUGGAACACGAACACCUUGGCCGGAUGCUAUUAUUCCUUAUGUUUUUGACUGCAGUGUUUGUAAGUAUUCUCUCCUUCUUGUGUCAAUUUCCGUUGUGUUUUGCGAAUGCAUAUUGUUUUUGAAAAGCAAUAAUAAUAUGUUCAAUAUGUAAAACAAUAUGCUUGCUUUGUUUGCCAGUAAGUAUCGAGAGCGCUUUGAAAGCAACAAAAGACGCCAUAAAGGAGUGGGAAGACAGAACUUGUGUCAAAUUUGUCGAGAAACAACCACAUCAUAAAGUUUAUCUUGAGUUUAUCAGAGCUGCUGGGUAAGUCACUUUGGAAUUUUGCAAACAAUGUUGACCAUUUUUCACAUUGUUAAAUUGUUUAUUCACAUUGCAGUUGCUGGGCAACGUACGUUGGGUACAAAGGAAAGAAAACUCAGAUCUCUAUUGGUAACGGUUGUGACUAUAAACACGUCAUGGUUCACGAACUGGGUCACGUGAUUGGCUUCUGGCAUGAGCAAAGUCGACCAGACCGGGAUAACUAUAUUACAAUCAACUAUGGCAAUGUUAUUCGAUGUAAGUAUCACGUGUAUUGCUUGUAUUGCUGGUAAACAGGCUCAUUUCUUUGACUUUAAUUUUUAAUUUCUUCAUUUUAGCACUUCGAUACAACUUCGAUAUUGUUAGAGAACAAACCAACAACUAUGGGGAACGUUAUGACUUCAAUUCUAUCAUGCAUUAUCCAUUUAAUGCGUUUGCGAUUGACAGAAGACAAAACACAAUUUUUGCCAAAGAUCCCAGACUACAGAGUUCUGCAAGACCUUACAGGAAAUUGAGCAACUCAGAUGUAAUACAGACAAAUAGAAUGUAUAAAUGCGAUGGUAAGUGAGACUAUAUUUUAUACAAAGAACUUUCAAACCUUGCAUAAUUGCAUUUGAUACAAAGUCAAGAAGCAUAAUUGCAUUUCAUACAACCAGGCAUUAAAAUACGGAAUUUUUACAAGGACACACUUUGCCUUCAGAGGCGUAUUUUUUGUAUAAAUGCGCAGACUCACGAGAACGAGUAGCGAAGCCACAAGUUUAGCGUCGAAGACGCAAGCUUUUAAGGGGGUCUCUGAAAUGGCAUUUCCAGGGUUCUGAGAACAGAAUUUGCAAAAUCUUUGGUUAUUUUGCGCGGAUUACAUUAAUAUAUUUUCAGUUUAAUAUAUUUUCAAGUACACACUUUUCAAUUUACAAGGGCAUGCACAUUCGCCUUUUACAAGGACACAAAGUGUGUACAAGGACACGCUAUUUUAAUGCCUGCAUACAACGUCAAAGCAUGGUAAAGCCCAUGCUUUGCAACGGCAAGUGAUAGCAAAAUGUCAGACCACUCAUUAUGUAUAAAAUACAGCAAACUGCUCUUCUGAUUUUGCUAAACAGUCAUAUCGCUGCCCUGAUUUUACUAUGGGAACCCCCAAUGAAAGCGUACGUGAUUCCUUCAUUCAGCGUCAACAAAAGUAAAAAAUAACAAGCUUUCGUCGGUAGGAAUCGGCAAAAAAAUACAAAGAGAAAUUCGACGUUUUUGGUCUUUCUCCUUCGUUUUUGGCCUUUCUCCUUCGUUUUUGGCCUUCGCUCGAAACAUCGAAUUUCUCCUUGUGUUUUUACAAACUGUUCAAGCUUACAUCAACAAAAAUAACAAGCUUCAAACGGUUGAUUAUUUCGUUCAUAGAAAUCAAGUCUGCGCGAGCGAAAACUAUGAAAGCAAUUGGUGAAGCAAACAAGAUAAACUGGGCGUCUACAGGUGAGUCUAAAAUGACCUUUUUUAUGUCACAUUGAUUGAUUAAUUGUUUAUUGGUGGCUUUCAGUUCUAACUGUUUACAUUUAGAGAAACAAGAAAAUGAAAUGACUCUAAAAAGGUGAAUAUUAAUUUGUUUUCAGGAGGUAAAUGUCAAGACCAGCAUCAACAUUGCAAGAGUUGGGCUAAAGCUAACUUCUGUGAACUUUCACCUGAUCCGAUGUUAACAAGUUGUCCUGAAAGUUGCGGAGUUUGCGGUAAAGUUUGCCAAGAUGAAUAUAAGGAUUGCCCAGCAUGGGCAGACUAUGGUUAUUGCAUCCGUAAGCCCGGGACUUCAGAUCAUAUUAUUAAAUUCAUGUUGAGCAGUUGUCGAAAAUCCUGUGCUGUGUGCAUUCCAGGUAAUACUAGCAUAAAUUAUCAUCCAUGCACGUGAUCAAACAUAUUUGUCUUUUAUUUGAUGCGAAAGUUUGUGUGGCACUAAUGGGCAUUGCCCAAAGACAAUUUGAUGAAAUUUUGGUUCAACUUUGAUGAAAAUUGCUUGAGACUUGCGAGAGUAAAAUGAAUGCGUAAUCAGUCCAUGCAUGAAAACAUGACCUCCUUCAUUUUGAACUAACCAUGUUAUUAUUACUGUUUAAUGUUGUCUCACGCCUUGGAAUUAAAUAGGGAAAUGUUUUGCCAACCUACAAUGAAAGCAGUUUGGUAAAUUUAAGUUUUCAACAAAAUGCGCAAGUAGUAAUAUUCAAAACUCUAUUAAAAUAAUUCUAAAUAACUUUAUCAUAUCAAGAUGUAAAGAAAAGACCAUACUGCUUUCCAAACAUUUCUCUUUUGCUCUGAAUUUGCAUCUCAUGCUAACUCAUACUGUCUUUGUUGCUGGCCUGACAUGACAAUAGUUCGAACUAACCAUAUUAUUUGUUUAGCACCAACAACAAAACCCACCACUAAACCUACCACUACAUUACCACCUACAACAACCCCAAAACCUACCACCAAACCUGCCACCAGACCACCAACCAAAGCUAGACCUGUCGCAACAAAGCCAGUCACAACACAGGAGCCACACACAACAACGAAAGUCAUAACAAAGAAUGGAAUUAGCAUACCAAGCACGAAGUUCACAGGUAAUAAACUUAUAUUGUAUUGUUAUACUGUCAAUAAUAUAUUCCAUGACCAUUAUUUGGAAGGUUAGGUGCAAACUGUUGACUAAAGUGGUGUAGUAGCAGUGAUACUUGGAGAAAAGAUCCAUGCAAAUGGUAUCUUAAACAACACAGCUUCCCCCCUAGUAAAAGUAAUCUGCAUACCUAUUCUGAGGAGGAAUGGUGGCAGUUUAACCAUUUCUCCCUAGACCUUUGCAUGCCAAAAACAGCUAUAUAUUGCAUGAACAGCAUAAGCACUGCACACAUCACAGCAGCAAUUUACCACAUGGUUCAGCAGCUAUUUAUAUAUUUAUUUUCUCUGAAUACCUAUAAAGUGUGUGUUAUUUUUAUGCAUAACUCAUACAAUUAUUUCCACAUCCAAGGAGUGCUAUGCAAAGAUCGUAGUAAAUAUUGUAAAGACUGGGCAAAUGAUGGAAGAUGUGAUACUGAUCGUUGGGUGUAUGAUAACUGUUUGAAGAGUUGCAGGAGAUACACUGUCUGUGAUCGAUACAUGAUCAAACCUAUUGGUAAGUUUGUUGUAUCUUGCAUCUCAAAAAUCCUUGGACCUACAGUUUCUUUCAAUAUUUUCCAAAAUUUAGGUUGUGAACAUAUUCUUGGUGUCACCAGUAUGUAUUAAAUUAACUCAUUAAAAUGUUACUAAUAUUUUAGGUCGCUGCAGUAAUGCACAUGGAGUUUAUUCUAAAGAAAUUAUUCCUGAUAGCAGACUGUAUGCACCCACAACAUUUGCACCAGGUAUGUCAUGUCUUUGAUUUAUCUAACCAUGAAGAAGAUUUUAUAAAAUUCACUGCAUUCAAAAGCAUACAGUACCUAACAAGUUAUUUUUACAUUAAGGUGGUGGUUGGUAUGCACGAGCUAGUUCUGCUCGUUUAUACAAAGAAGAUGACCAUCGACUGAAGAAUGUUGGAGCAUGGUGUGCUGAACCUAACAACAACAGAGAGAAAUAUUUACAGAUUGAUUUUGGCAGCGAAAAAAUAAUUACAGCUCUGGCUACACAAGGAAGAGAUGUGUAUUUUGAACAUGUCAAAGCCUACUCGUUAUCAUUUCGUUUGGGGGUAUCAUGGGUGCAUUAUCGUGAAAGAGGAUCACGAGAUAGGAAAGUAAGUGAUAAAUAUCAAUAGUAAGAACAUGUGGAUUUAUGGGAUCUUGUACGGUCAAAAGUGAGAACAAUGUAGACCCUAUAUAAUCUUGUAUUCUAUGUGGUGGGAGUCACUCAUUUUCCUGUAAGGUCUUGCAGAUUGAAUUCCGUAGUGAUGGAUCUAUAAUAGCAUUAAUUGUGUUUUGCCUUCUGUAAAUCGCAAAAUUAAAACAAAUAAAAUGGGUACAGGCAAUGCAAAUAAAUGUUAGAGCAUAAUGCUAAAUUCACCAGCAUUUAACAUAAUAUCAACAUUACUUUCACAGAUAUUUGAUGCAAAUUGUGAUCAUGUGACACCUGUGAUGAAUCUCCUAGAAAGAGAUGUGCGUGCCCGUUACAUGCGUAUUCAUCCAACCAAAUACAUUGGUGCAGCUUGUCUUCGUGUUGAAGUCUAUGGUUGUAAUCCGUAAUAUUCUCAGACCUCUGAAGAUGUUCAAUUUAAUAUGGAUAUACUUUUUAUCAAUGUGUGAUGCCAAUAUGUGAUGCAUUAAAUAUUGUGACCAUGGCAAGAUAAUAUCUUGUAAAAGGAGUGAAUGUUUUUCAUGAUAGUGUUCAUAUAUUGCUGAACAUGUCAAUCUCAUUAUGAUAUGUACUUCCCAUAAAUAUCUUAUAUACACCAGAUAGUGCAUCUAAUUAGUCUGCAAUUCAAAAAUUGAAGCCGUGAUUGCAGACUCAGGAUAUUCCCAUGAAAUGAGAAGACUCGUAUAUGUUUUCUAUUUCUUAAACAGGGAACUAUUCCAAAUACAUUUUCAAACUAUUCAAAUGAUGAAAGUUAUUGUUGUUUUUAAAGCGUUUAUUAGCGAGUGGGAAACUCCAACAUGGCCGCCAUCUAUUCAAAUGGAGUAACCGCUGGAAUAUUCUUGGCUUCAAUUUUACUAAAAGAGAUGCGCUAUCUAGUGUAUAUAAGAUAUCUAUGGUACUUCCCACAUUCAGCUGAAUUUCUGUCCACACAUUUUCAACAAAACCCCACAAAAUCUGCUUAUUUUUGAUGAUCAAAUUAAAGCAUUUAUUUUGUCUCUUAUGUACGUAUUGUGAGGAAACUUCACACACAAGAACAUGAUUUAGAAAUGACUGUAUGGCUAUGCAAACAAUGCAGCAAUUCUCAAAUCAAAUGUUCUAUUGCUACAAUGCACCACAGAAAAAUUAUCCAUCCAAAAAUAAAAUGUUCUGGGAAUCUUCAUGGUUUGAGAUGUACAUUUAUAUAUUAAAUUUUAAAUAUUUUAAAAUAUUUUUUAAUAAUUUUAAGUAAAGAUAAUUAUAAUAUAGUGAAUAUUAAUUAAUAUUAAAUAAAGAUAAUUAUAAUAUAGUGAAUACAUCAAUAGGUUCACAUGUAUGUAAAAUUAUUUAUAGAAAAUUCAAAUAAAUUUUAUGUUUUAUAAAUUGUUGUUAUAAAUAUUGUAAGGG